CUACCAAGGUUUACCCUAUUGAUCGCGUUUUUUUAGGACUUUUUGGGGGUUGAGAACUUUUACGACUUGACCGAAAUCACCCUCAAUCGCGGCCAUGGCCGCCAAUAUGCCUCAGAUGGGCGGUAGUGCCUCCGUGCGGUCGCGACCGCCCCACCAGCAACUAUCACAACUGGUAUAUACACAAAUGAUGAACCACCAAGCCCCGACGAACGGCAACGGCUGGCAGGACCAAGUGCAGGCCAGCCUGCGGGUGAGCAAUGCUAUGAAUUUGAUCUCCAACUCGUUCCUUGCCAUGCCUGCCAUUGAAUCACAGCAACUGGUGUCACAUGGUCUACAAUUUGAACGGGAAGCAUUUAUGAAAUCGCAAGAUAAGGGGACCUACGACCAAAAGGUUAAUGGUCGUGUCCAGGAGCUGUUUAAGCAACGGCAAGCGCACGAGCAUAGCCUUCAAAAUACCCUCAAUGCGCAGGCUGCAGCGCAAGCCCAGUCGCAGAUGCUAAUGAACCAGAACAUGAUGUCAAGAGGAAUGGGCCAACCCCCCCAGCAGGGAUUUCAGCAUCUUCAACAGCAGAUGCAGGCCUCGCCGAUUCCCCAGCAGCCUCACCAACCUGGUAUGGGCAUGGGAGGUCCUGGGGGAAUGCCCAUGAACCCCUCCCAGCAGCAGAUGCAGAUGGGUGCACCGCAGAUGCGCCCGCAGAUGUCAUUGCAAGGCACCUUGACAAGUUUAUCAGCUCAGGACCGAACGAAAGUGCAACAACUAGCUAUUGCAAGACUAGGUCAAACACCAGAGCUCCAAAGAAACCAGAUUCGUUUAAUGCUGCAGUCGAAACUCAGCCCACAACAAAUGUCGCAACUUCAGCAGGAGAAUAUGGAUCCAGUCCUCUUUUUCUUCCAAAAUCAGAUCCUGCAGAGCGCAAAGGGAGGUGCUAAUGUUGGUGGCAACCAAGCAGCAAUGCAGAUGCAGGCACAGCAGCGAUUAAUGAACCAAUCUGGUCAGCAGCUUUCUGGGGUGCAAAACAGUGAAUUCGGACCCUUCUCGAAUGUAGAAAGCAUCAUGAAUCAACAAAAAGCUGGCUUACUUGCUCAAGAAGCAGGACAGAUGGUGGUGCCUGCGAGUAACGGCCCUGGCCGAAAUGCUACACCACAGCCUAUGGGUGGAGUGCAGGGUCCCAAUCCGGGUAACCACCCCGGGCCUAACCAGCCCGGUAUGCCAAAUCAGCUACAGCAAUCGUUUAACAAUAAUAUGCCUCAGGCUCAGCAAUUGAAGAUGGACCAACUAGCCGCCCAGUCACAGGCACAGAUCAGGGCCCAAGCUCAGGCCAAACAGAUGCAGGGCCAGCCGGGUGGACUAAACGGGGCCGGUGCCAUUUCGCAAAGUCCUGGGAUGGGCACGUUAAAUACUCCAGUUCGACGACCUGUUGGAAUGGGCCAAGGUGAAGGACAGCCCCAAUUGGGCCAGCCCAACGGACCUUUUGGACGAGACCCGCGUUUCAAUCAGGGCAACCAAAGACCUCCAAUGGGAGGAAACCCGGCGAAUAACCAACAAAUCGUGAACAUGUUUCUUUCCCAGUUGACCACUCCCGAUGCACGGAAUACGUUUAUGGCGCUGCCACCGGAGAGGAAAAAUGAGAUGAUCAUGAAGUGGGCCGCCAGUCGCGGUCAGAUGCCUCCCCGUGGUCAACCCCAGCCUGGCCAGCCUCAGCCUGGUCAAUUUGGACAAGGCAACCCCAUGGCACAAUUUGGACCGGGGAAUAACGUAGGCCAGCAUUCGAAUUCUAACAUGCCGAUGAAUCCUCAAAAUCAGAUACUUAUUCAGCAGUCACUGAACAGGAUGCGUAAUGGCAUGCAGGGCCCAAAUCGCCCUCAAAUGCCUCAGGAUGCUAAUGCGUACAUGGAUUCCAUGGACGUUCCGGCUAUGGUUCUCGAUAAGUUGAGACAGGUACAACCAGUCCCUCCAGAGAUUAAGAAGUGGGCGCACCUUAAACAAUGGUUAUCUACGAAGAACGCUGGGCCGGGCCUUCUGAACCAGCUCGCACAUUAUCAACAGAACCAGUUCCAGAACGUUAUGAAGGCAAGGGCUGGGUUAGGUAAUCAGAUGCCACAAGGGCCGCAGCCUCCAAACGGGCAGAUGUCCGUACAGCCUCCUGCCAACAUGGCCCCGUUUGCGGGCAUCACGGUUUCGGCCCAGGAAAUUCUGCAGGCUAAGUCUUAUGAUAAGUUCAAAGGCAUGCCCGACGAUAGGAUCCGGUCAACCUUGUUACAAAUGAAGGUGCAGCAGUUCAGGAAUAAGGCACAGGCACAAGCCCAAGCCCAGGCUCAGGCUCAAGCCCAAGCCCAGGCCCAGGCCCAGGCCCAGGCUCAGGCACAAGCCCAGGCUCAGCAGGCUCAGGCACAACAAGCCCAGGCUCAGGCACAAGCCCAGGCGCAGGCGCAGGCUCAAGCGCAAGCACAAGCCCAAGGUGGCCAAAUGCAGACACCGCAGACCUCCCAACCUACCAACCCUAAUAUCACCACUCCCGUUCAACAGCCGAACGCCCUUAAUAUACCUCAGCAGCGACCACACAAUGGAAUGCCUGAUGCCACUGCCGCAGGCCCUGUGGCUCCUACGAGAAAUAACAGGCAGCUUCAAAACAAUCGAGCGUCACAUAACGCACCUUCGGUGCCUCCGCAGAAGAACGGCUUGAAGCGAGCGAGUACGGAUGAUGUGGUGGAAGUGCCGAACCCUUCGACCACCCCGGUCCAGCGCCCUGUGUCCCAGCAGGCCCCUCAAGUAUCUGGGCCUGUCCCCCAGCAAAUACCCCAAUUGGACGCCGCCCAGCUAGCACGACUCGGACCUGAUCAAAGGGCUAAAUAUGAAGCCAUGCUGCAGAAGAGCCGACAAUUGACUGCUGGUGGAGGAGCUAUUGGGGAGGAGAUGCGACAUCUCAGGGCUAUCGGACAGGAAGAGCACAUAAGCGCAGCGAAAGAGCCUUAUGUAGAGAUUCCAAUGACCCCAGAACAAUACAAGGAAAUGGCUCUGAAGAUACAGACCACGAUCGACCAAAUGAACAAAGUCAGCAAGAUUUUGGGCCGAUGGUACACUCACACCAAGGACGACAAUCGUGCUAGGAUGUUCUUCAAAAUUCGACUGCGUCUUAUAAAACAAUUCUCAGACGGUGAGAAAAUGACGGCUCUCAGGAAUGCUUUCUCGCUUAGGCCUGGGGAUUUAGAUGGCGUGAGGGCAAUGCUAGAGGGAAUGGUCAGGGACAUAUCCCCUCAGCUAGCCCGGGUUGGGAAGAGUAAACCUCCCCAGCCGCAGAAUGCGCAAGAUUCGGGACCUCAGCAAGGCGUUAGCGAAACCACGGCGACACCACCCACAGGCCAGCCUACCCCUCUAAGCCAAUCCAAUCUCGAGAGGCAGACUCAAGCCCUCAAUAAGAUUCACCAGAGGACUGCCAGCAAGAGUGGGCAGCCCCCUGCUGCGCCAACUGUCGCGCAGCCCCCGUUUUCUUUCGGUGCACAGUCGCCCAAUGGCCAGCCAAAUUACCUAGGGAAGCCUACGUUCAACCCUACAGACCUUCACCUACCACCUGCUCGGAAAAAGGCCAAGACUGGAGCACAUGGUGCUGGUUCGGGCGGCCCCAGUGCUAACUCAUCUCCCCAAGUACCAAAGGCUGCGUCUCCAGAUAUGGUGAAAAGAACUGCACCGACCGAGUCAAAGCCUCCGAUAAAGUUACAGUUUAAAUGUCCUGAGCCGAGUUGCGAAGCACAUGGCAUUGAGUUUGCUACCGAGGACGCUCAGCGGCAUCAUAUAGAAGAGGAACACGUCAAGCCUCGCCAAAAUCCGGUUCAGUUCGUCAAGGAGAGCCUAGCUGGCGCUCUGGGGCUGGACCCGACCAACAACGGAAAGCCGCUGAACGCUCCAGAAGCUACGUCCCAGGCUCCAGUCUUAACAGCUGCUCCAAUGGCUUUGAAUCUCUCGAAACAAGGCUUGACACCUGCAAAUCGGGCUGAACCGGCACCAAUGUCCCGAGAACCGUCAAUGAAGAGGCAAGACAGCGCCCCAGGCUCCAAGCCCACAGAUUUGGCCAAGACAAUGGCCGGGCGGGUUGGCACGCCGAAACCCGACCCCGGGUCCAAGGGUGGAGAUGGCACCACAGGACUAGCAAGGGCACCUGAUGGAGCAUUGCAAACGUUUGGAACAGACGAUGCGUGGGCAAUGGCGACAAUUGCUCCUCAAGACUUGUUCCAUAACUUGGGCGGUUUAGAGAGCGGUGGCGGGGGAGCGAUCUCAGAUAUGAACGUGUAUAGGGCUAUAACGCCGAACGAUACCCCGGAAUCGAGCAAGGAUAGCGCAGGCUCGGAGCCGAACAGCGAUAUCUCUGAAGGUGUCUCGCUCAGUCUCAACGUGGAUCUGGAUAUGGGAUUCAACGUGUGGCAUCCUUUCACAGGCCACCCAUACAUAGACCUCGACGCUACGGACAUGGACAUGGCAGGCGCAGACGAACCUGCGAUUCAAGCGUUCUCGUGGGACGACGUGAACCCAGAAUUUGGGAAGGCUUUCGUGUUAGAUAGCAGCAUGUAUUCGCUGGACACGACGUAAAAAAAGGGGGGGGAGUUUGAGUGGUCUCAUAGGGCUUCAAUAGCCCCUGACAGCCCCUAAAGCCAGGGGGCCUACAUUUUACGAGUAUUACGGCCUGGGAGCGACG